AUGGUGGCUCGAGUGCAGACAGCAGAAGAGAUUCGCGACGAGGGAAAUGCUGCUAUCAAGGACCAGGACUAUGUGAAAGCCGAUGACUUGUACACAGAAGCUCUUCAGUUGACCACCGAUGAGGAUAAAUCACUGCGGCCCGUUCUCUACCGAAAUCGUGCAUUGGCACGACUGAGAAGAGAUGAUUUCGAAGGAGCACAAUCCGAUUGUAACAAAGCGUUAGAAUUCGAUGGUGCCGACGUUAAGGCUCUUUUCCGACGAGCUCUGGCUCGUGAACAGCUUGGUAAUGUGGGUCCCGCGUUCAAUGAUGCGAAAGAGGCAUUGAGACUGUCUCCGCAAGACAAAGGCAUCGUGGAAACCCUUCAACGCCUUGUAAAAGCUAACAAUGACAAGAUUAAGCAGACAACAUCGUUGGCAAAUAAGGUCACAGAUAUGGAGAAAUUGGCAUUCCGUGGAGAAGCAAAAGACGUAGCUCAGAAGCAGACGGCAUUGAACAACUUACUGGUGCUUUGCAGGGAGUCGGAGUCCGGAGCUACUUCAGUUUGGAAUCAGGGUGCCAUCGUUCCAUUCAUCUUGAACCUGAUAAAUGACAAGGCUGAGAACGAGGAACUCAUUGUUACUGGCAUCCGAAUCCUUGACGAGACCCUUAAGAACAAUGCUCGUGCUAUGAAAUUCCUCGCGAUGCACGAUUCGGAAGGCGGGAAGUCUGCACGAUUUGUGUGCCGUCUGAUGUGCAAAAGAAACAACAAGGAAUACGUUGAUUCUGCUGGAAUUUUGGUGCAGAGAGUAUUUAAUGCAAUGGCUAAAAUGGACAGACAAAAAGAAAUGAAACCGGAUCCUGAAGUAGCAGAUGCCAAUAAGCUAUGGAUUAUUCGUGUUCUUCUAGAACUUCAAGAGAUGCUUCAAGACCCGAAAGUUGGAGUUUUUCAAAGAGAGACGGUUAUCGAUCUUUUUCUCAAAAACCUGAUGCAUAUGGAUGGUGGAAUUCCACGUGGAUGGUCUUGGAAGUUUGUGGACGAGCGCGGAUUGUUGGUUUUGUUAGACGUGGCGAGUCAGAUUCCUGAACAGUGUGAUUAUCCGGUGUCAGCUGAAACUAGACAGCACGUGGCGAUUUGUCUGCAAAGAUUGGAAGAGGAUAUGGUUUUCGAUACGAAGAGACUCAUUUUCAAAGAGAGAGUCGAUUUCUUUUUCAAUGCUCUGAUCUCUCGCUGUACCGAUGAUGAAGAAGGUCACAAGUACCGAAUCAAGCUGUCCUGCUUCCUGAUUACCAUGCUUCAAGGCCCUGUCGACAUUGGAAUCAAUUUAAUUAUUAACGAUCAAUUGACUCCUAUCAUGCUCCAAAUGGCCGCUUCCAAUAACCAUUUGAUGCAAGGAAUUGCUGCUGAGUUGAUUGUGGGCACCAUAGCAAAGCACGAAAGAGCGAUCAACAUGCUGAAGGUCGGAAUUCCCGUUCUCCGUGCUCUUUACGAUUCAGGAGACCCGACAGUGAAAGUGAGAGCGUUAGUGGGUCUCUGUAAAAUUGGUGCCGCUGGAGGAGAUGAUAUUUCGAAGGCCACAAUGAAAGAAGAAGCUGUGAUUAGUUUGGCAAAGACUUGUAAAAAGUUCCUUCUGGAAACAGAGAAAUAUUCCGUUGAUAUCAGAAGAUAUGCCUGUGAAGGACUCUCCUAUCUGUCACUGGAUGCAGAUGUUAAAGAAUGGAUUGUAGAUGAUUCGUUGUUGCUCAGAGCUCUUGUGAUUCUCGCGAAAAGUGCUGGACCACUUUGUGUUUAUACAUUAGCCACAAUCUAUGCUAAUCUUUCAAACGCAUUUGAGAAACCAAAAGUCGAUGAAGAAAUGGUCAAACUUGCUCAAUUCGCCAAGCAUCAUGUUCCAGAAACUCAUCCCAAGGAUACAGAAGAUUUUGUGGAAAAACGAGUGCGGGCUCUGGUCGAAGAAGGGGCAGUACCAGCGUGUGUAGCUGUGAGCAAGACAGAGAGUAAAAAUGCUCUUGAAUUGAUUGCCCGAACACUGCUGGCAUUCUCCGAAUACGAGGACCUACGUGGAAGAAUCAUUGCAGAAGGAGGAACUGUUCUUUGUUUAAGGCUGACCAAAGAGGCUUCUGGAGAAGGAAAAAUCAAAGCAGCUCAUGCGAUUGCCAAGUUGGGAUCCAAAGCAGAUCCGACUAUUUCAUUCCCAGGACAGCGAGCUUAUGAAGUUGUGAAGCCACUAUGUGACCUUCUUCAUCCUGAAGUUGAAGGAAAAGCGAACUAUGAUGCUCUUCUGACACUGACCAAUCUGGCAAGUGUUAGUGAUUCGAUUCGUGGUCGGAUUCUGAAGGAGAAGGCGAUUCCAAAGAUUGAGGAGUUUUGGUUCAUGACCGAUCAUGAGCAUUUGAGAGCAGCAGCUUCAGAGCUUCUGUUGAAUUUAUUGUUCUUCGAUAAAUUCUAUGAUGAGACUGUAGCGCCUGGAACGGAUCGUCUGAAGUUGUGGGUACUCUAUUCUGCUGAAGUUGAAGACGAGCGUCUUUCUAGAACUUCCGCUGCUGGAUUCGCUAUCUUAACAGAAGACGAAAAUGCGUGUAGCAGAAUUCUUGAGGAAAUUCAAUCAUGGCCAGAAGUUUUCAAGGAUAUCGCGAUGCACGAAGACGCUGAAACACAACGUCGCGGACUGAUGGGCAUUGCAAAUAUUAUGGCAUCAAGUGAGAAGGCGUGCUCAGAAAUCGUUGCAUCUGAAGUAUUCCGAGUGCUGGUUGCUGUGACAAAGCUCGGAACUAUCAAUCAAGAACGAGCGGGAUCUACAGAGCAAGCGAAACGGGCGAUCGAUGCCGCUGAAAAGUUUGGACUUGUCAAACCGUCGGAUCGAGAGAUGUACGAGAGAGACACCAAAAUGAGCACUAUUCAGGAAUAA